UUCUGCCUGAGAACCCGGAACUCAACAGCAUGUCCCGUGAUUGACAGUUGACAGCACAAAAACAGUAUGCUGAAGUACACGCGAAGCUGCUGAAAACGACGAAAGAAAAAAGUAUAUAAUUGAAUUAUAGUUUUAUAUCCGUUGCUAUAAAUGCGCCGAACGAGGUUACCUUAUAAGGAAUAAAUAGUCAUCACAUAUGGAAAAGAAACGUUGUUAGUUGUUUACAUGUAGCAGAAGGACAAGUGACAUCUCAUUGACAGAAUGAGAGAAACAGCUCUUUUGCUCAUUGGAGUGAUCAACAUUCUAAGUGCUGACAAUAGCAGAGAUUGUCAAGCACUUACCUUUGGUCAUGGUUCGGUCGUGUGCGAGUGCAAUGCGACAUACUGUGACUCAAUUGGCCGGGUUGGGUUGCCAGAUCGGGGGCAGUUUUUGUCAUUUGUCAGCAGUAAAGCAGGCAGCAGACUACUGAAGAGUCAAGGCCAUCUGCAGAAGAAUAGCACAGGAACAGCUCUCAGAAUUAUUCUGAAUCCCAAUCAGAAGUAUCAGCGCAUUAAAGGAUUCGGGGGAGCCAUGACAGACGCAGCAGCCAUGAACAUCCUCUCCCUAUCUCCUCGAGCUCAGGACCAGCUGCUCACACAAUAUUUCUCCCAAGAUGGUAUAGAGUACAGUUUUGUGAGAGUGCCUAUGGCGAGCUGUGAUUUCUCAACUCGCCUCUACACAUAUGCUGACACGCCAGGAGACUAUGAGCUCCAGGAUUUCAGACUGAGUAAAGAAGACAUUCACAUGAAGAUUCCCCUGCUGCAACGAGCCCAGUCUCUCUCUGCCAGGCCUCUGUCUCUCUUUGCUAGUGCCUGGAGCGCCCCUGCCUGGCUAAAAACAAAUGGUGCACUAACUGGAAAGGGCUCCCUCAAAGGAAAGCCAGGAGGCAAAGAGCACAAGACCUGGGCUCAGUACUAUAUCAGAUUUCUUGAGGAGUAUGGGAAGUAUAAUCUUUCCUUCUGGGGGUUGACGUCAGGGAACGAGCCCACCGCGGGCCAAAUGACGAAUUACAGCUUUCAGGCUUUGGGAUUUACUCCGGAGACACAGCGUGACUGGAUCGCCCUAGAUCUGGGUCCGGUGCUUCAUUCCUCAGCAUUUGCCAGCAUCCGUCUGAUGAUUCUGGAUGAUCAACGACUUCUGCUUCCGCACUGGGCCAAAGUGGUUCUGAGUGAUGUCCACGCAGCACGCUAUGUCCACGGCAUUGGCGUUCACUGGUACUUUGACCGUAUCGCACCUCCUGACAUCACCCUGGGAACCACACACCACCUCUACCCAGAGUACUUCCUGUUUGCAACAGAGGCAUGCUCUGGAUGGAAUCCAGCGGAUCGGGGUGUGCGUCUGGGCAGCUGGGACAGAGCAGAGGACUAUGCACAUGACAUCAUACAGGACCUGAAUAACUAUGUAACAGGCUGGACAGACUGGAACUUGGCUCUUGAUCAGGGUGGUGGGCCAAACUGGGUGAAGAAUUUUGUGGACAGUCCUAUCAUUGUUGACCAGAGUAAAGAUGUCUUCUACAAGCAGCCCACCUUCUACAGCAUGGCCCAUUUCAGCAAGUUCCUGUGGGAGGGGUCACAGAGAGUGGGCGUGUCCAUUAGUCAGAGCACUGUACUGGAACUUUCUGCUUAUAUCAGACCUGAUGGUUCAGCAGUGUUGAUUAUUCUUAACAGGUCUGAAGAGGACACGCAGUUUGAGGUCUGGGAUCAAACAUUGGGCUUUUUGGCAUCAACCGCUCCAUCUCACUCCAUUAUCUCACUGCUGUGGAACAGACAAUGAAUGCAAGCCAACACUAUUGAUUAUCUGUAAAUGCACCUUAAAGAGUUGACAUUUAAAAUGACUGUAUGAUUAUAGCAACCAGAAGUGAAACAUUGAUUAAUGACUUUGACAGUAAAAAGUGUCAAUUUCCUUUUUUAAUUUAUGGAUAUUUAAAAAAUAUUUCGAUUUUGUUUUAGCCAAUUACGUUGAAAGGAGUAUCUCAUAACUUACAGUCUUGCUGACAUUUCAUAAUCAAACUUGUACUGGAGCUACGUGCAAUUAACAAUAAAAAAAACUGUUCACA